AUGGAAGCUAAAGAGGGACUGCCUACUGUGUCGUUAGAUAAGGUGAAACAUAUUAUACUUAUCUUGUCAGGAAAAGGUGGUGUAGGCAAGAGCUCCGUUACUACUCAAACAGCGCUUACGCUGUUCAGCAUGGGUUACAAGGUUGGCGUACUAGACAUCGACUUGACAGGUCCAUCUCUACCUAGAAUGUUCGGCUUGGAGAAAGAAUCAAUUUUACAGUCUGCGAGGGGGUGGGUACCGGUUGCGAUGAAAUCCCCUGAGGAUACCAAUAUAUCUGGUUCACUGAGUGUCAUAUCGCUGGGAUUCUUAUUGGAUAAUAGAGGCAACAGCGUUGUAUGGAGAGGUCCAAAGAAGGCUGCUAUGAUCAAGCAGUUCAUAUCUGAUGUUUGUUGGGGCGAGUUAGAUUACCUUCUUAUAGAUACGCCACCAGGGACAUCAGACGAGCAUAUAUCGAUCGCUGAACAGCUCAAGUGGGCUAACCCUGACGGUGCCAUAAUUGUGACUACACCUCAAAGUGUAGCAACGGCGGAUGUCAAGAAGGAGAUCAAUUUCUGUAAAAAAGUUGAACUAAACAUACUUGGUAUAAUCGAAAAUAUGUCAGGAUUUGUUUGCCCACAUUGUUCUGAAUGCACCAAUAUCUUUUCAAGUGGAGGUGGAGAAAAGCUUGCUGCUGAAUUUUCUGUCCCUUAUCUUGGAAAUAUUCCAAUUGACCCCAAAUUUGUCGAGCUUAUAGAGAAUCAACAUUCUUAUGAAACGAGUUUAACUGAUUUAUAUAAAGAAUCUGCAUUGUUUGAAGUUUUCAAACCGAUAAUCACCAAAGUUUUGAAUGAGAAAAUACAAUCGAGGGCCUAA